CAGAAAAAAGUGACCUUUUCCAACGAGGCAUAAGCUGUUUUUCUCCAACUCAAAUCAUCCCCUGGAAUAAUUGGAUCAGCUUUGCCCACCGGCAGACCUUUUGUCUUCUAUGAAUCAACAUGGAAAGGAAUCUUAAGAAUGUUUUGGUCAUUUCUUUUGGAUUUUUACUUCUCUUUACUGCUUACUCAGGACUGCAGAGUCUUCAGAGCAGUCUCAAUGCAGAAGAAGGCCUGGGUGUUGCUUCCUUAAGCGUUCUGUAUGCUGCACUCACCUUAUCAUCCAUGUUCCUGCCUCCAAUCAUCAUCAAGAAGGUGGGCUGCAAGUGGACCAUUGCAGUCUCCAUGUGCUGCUACGUUGCCUACUCCUUAGGGAACUUCUAUGCUAGCUGGUACACACUUAUCCCUACCUCUAUGAUCCUGGGCUUAGGAGGAGCACCACUCUGGUCUGCCAAAUGCACUUACCUCACUAUUGCUGGCACUUUGUAUGCUGAGAAAGCAGGAAAAAGUGCAAAAGACAUUAUCAGCCAAUACUUUGGGAUCUUCUUUCUGGUGUUUCAGACUGCCGGCGUCUGGGGAAAUCUUAUCUCAUCCUUGAUACUUAGCCAAUCUUCCAACCAAGGGGAGAUCUCAGAAGAAGACCUGGAAUGCUGUGGAGCAUAUGACUGCCUGACUGAUACCACUAACAGCACUUGGUCAGAAAGACCCUCUGACUCCUUAAUCUACACACUGGUAGGGGUCUAUACUGCUAGUGGUGUGCUAGCUGUGUUGCUGGUUAUUAUAUUUCUGGACCAGAUCAAAUCUGACCAAGUGGAGACUGAGAAAGAAAAAACAUCCUUUUGGUCUACGUUCCUAGCAACUUUCCGUCAUCUUAAAGAUAAAAGACAGUGUCUUCUAAUCCCUCUGACAAUGUACAGUGGGUUUGAACAGGCAUUUCUUUCUGGUGACUUCUCAAAGAGUUUUGUGACCUGUGCCCUGGGGAUACACUAUGUUGGCUAUGUGAUGAUCUGCUUUGCAGGUAUAAAUUCCCUCUGCUCUCUGCUCUUUGGAAAGAUCUCCCAGUUCACGGGUAGAAAACUUCUAUUUGCAUUAGCUGCAGUUCUGAACACAAGCUGUAUAAUAACAGUACUGCUCUGGAAACCUGAUCCCAAGCAGUUUGCUGUGUUUUUUGUAAUCCCUGGUCUUUGGGGUGUAUCUGAUGCUGCUUGGCAAACACAAACUAAUGCACUUUAUGGCAUUUUAUUUGAGAAAAACAAGGAGGCUGCCUUUGCAAAUUACCGUCUCUGGGAAUCAAUUGGAUUUGUCAUCGCCUUUGCUUACAGCACCAAAUUGCAAGUCUACAUCAAAGCAUACAUUGUACUGUCUGUGCUUGUGCUGUCCAUGGUGACCUACGGAGCGGUGGAAUACCUUGAGGCUAAGAGCUCCCCUGGGACACCUGCUGCUACAAAGAAGGAAAAUGGAGGACCUCACUCUCAGGAAACACACAUGUAAUCCAACAGGAUCAGAGUGAUGAAGGCAAAGCAAACUGGCCAGCUCCUUACAGGCAUGUCUCCAAGGGUGUUCCAGUGUGUACUGUAUCCAGAAAGAUGGUAAAGGAACAGAUUUCAAGGCCAUUAUAAUGCAAAUGUCUCAGGAAUAAAAUCCUCCUUUGACAUCUCACCUUUAUAAGGGAAGAUUAUCUGACUUGACCCUUUCAGGCAGAUGACCAACUAAUAAAUAAAGUCUUAAUAAAUGUAAGCAAGAUUCCUGUAGUCCUCACAUUUUUGUUUCUGUAGAUAAGACCUGGUAUAGCUUUACAGUCAAACCACAUGCAUAAUGAAAGAAGUAACUGCAGUUGCUCAGUUGAUUGUAAUUAACACACAUCAUUUUAUGGAACCAUAAAUUAUAAAGAUUUAUGUUGUUUUCAUGCUGCAUUCUCUAACACCUGCUGUAAAUUACAUCAGCCUACAGACUGGCUAUAUCUGCAGUUCAUAUCUGCGCACCACAGAAUCAAUCAACCACCAAGUCCACCAACCUGUCUUGGGUCAGCAGACAGCUGUGAGUCUGCCCAUGUCAUCCCUCUAUCUCAGCACUCUUUCUCUUUUGAUUUUCCUGUCUCAAAAUUUUCUGUCACCACUUACAGCAGCUUCAUCCUAGAAGAGAUGCCUUCUACAAGACAAAAUACUUCAGUGAUGAUGACCUUGCCUGACUUUCCCAUCCACGGACAGAGCUGUUUUCAAGAUGAGCAGCCAGGCCAUGUGGAACUUCACCAUGAGAAGAGCACAGGUGGCAGUGCAAGUCACAGAGACAUAGGGAGAAAAGGAGGAUGGGCUUACACUGUA